AUGAAGCUGCUUGCAGGUUUUCUUGGACUUGGUGCAGGUUCUUUCUACGAACAACCUCGAUAUUGGAAUGCUCUCGUGCAGUCAGAACAACGAACUAGCUGGGGGCGCCCUGUCAAUCUGAAAAAGAGAAAAACGUUUAGAGGUCAUGAAGAUUGCCCGGCUUUGGUUCCGGAUGAGAAUAUGCAGCCUUUCAGAUGCAGUGGAGCCACUUGUAUGCUUGUCUGCAAAUCAGGCUUUGUACCCGCUGGAAGAAAACGAGUAGCCUGUAGAAAUCGAGGGGGAACCUUUAUCUGGACAAAAAGUCCUGGCAAAUGCGUAACUUGUGACCCACUCGUACCCCAACCUAAUGACGCAGCGGUGAGGACUCGUUGCAGAGUCACUGGAAAGGGAAAACGACUCUGCAGCUUGCGCUGCGAAAAUGGAUUUACUCACAACAAUCGACCUAGCACGAGACUGACUUGUUCUUGUCCCCGUGGAAACUGCCAAUGGAAAGAGGCAAGAAGAAUCGCUCUUUGGGAGGAUUUCAAGUGCAAUGCACCGGUAGCUCCAACUCCGCAGCCGACACAGCCACCAACCUCGCCAGAAUCUGAGCUUCAGCUUCAACCAGAAGACGAACCUGAAUUCAAAACCGGUCCGAAAAGACUCUCAGCCUCGGACACAUGUUCAGUGGAACAAAGUGUGUUUCCAGUUUCUCGUCAAAUGGGAGACUCAAACAGAAUCAUUAAUGGAGUAGAUGCUAACAAAGCUAAGUGGCCAUUUGCAGUCAAUUUGAGAAUGAUUAGCCAGUUCGGAGGAGCCGGACUUUGUGGUGGCUCGAUUCUCAAUGAUAACUGGAUAAUCACAGCCGCACAUUGUUGCAAGGGAAGCGUAAAAGUGCGAGCAAGCGUUGGAGACAUUAGUCGAAGCACAAACGAUCCGGGCGAGUUCGUGAUCGAAACUCAACGCGCAAAAGACUUGCACAUUCAUCCUCUUUACCAAACGGGCAACGGAAUGGACUGGGAUGCGUGCCUUGUCAAAGUUCCGUCCAUCAAAGCUGCUGCUCCUGCGUCGUGCAAUAACUGCUUCUCAGCAGCAUGUCUUCCAGAUAAAGCUCCGACUCACGGAGAUUUCUGCUGGGUCGCCGGCUGGGGAAACAAGAACGAGGGCUUCAACCUAGCAGAUUCGCUCCAAGAAGUCGGAGUCAAUCUUUACGACUGGGAGUACUGUACUUCUAAAUCCGUCUACGGAUCUGUAAUCAACAAAGUGAGCGAGCUCUGCGCUGGAACAACCGAUACUGAUGGAGACGGCCUUAUUGACGGAGGCAAAGAUGCUUGCCAAGGCGACUCAGGAGGGCCUCUCGUGUGCAAUGAAGAAGGAAAAGCAACCCUCUAUGGCGUCGUUUCUUGGGGUCAAGGAUGCGCUCGAAAAGGAUCUCCAGGAAGAACAAGUGGUUACUGGCUGGAGAAGUACAAGAAUGAUCAUGCUACAACAAUUGAGGUUGAACCCUUCAGUGGCGCAGGUGACCUCGGAAAGUUCAAGCUGACUGCUGGUGCUCAAACAUUAGAAUCUGGAUUUAUUUCUGCAUCGCUCAGUGAAUACAGUCCGUAUGAUGAUGAGAGUACUCCCGCAAUCAAUAUUAUUAACUGUUACACGAACUGUAUUGGAGAAAACUUUGACGACAACGACGAAAUUUGCGAGAAAAACUUUGAUGGAUUGUAUGAAGACAGGCCGGAGAUGAAUCCAACUGUGGAAAAGAACAUGUUUGACACAGAAGUUGAUAUUUUGGGUGGAUUCGGUUACUACGUUCCUAUAAAAGAUCAGUGCGAAGAAUUAGAAGACGAAGAAUACAAAAUGUUCAGUUUCAAAGAGUACAGUUGGAAGCAUUACGGCGCAAGAUCAAACGACAAGCUCGGCCAAAUGAUCAUCCGACAUUUUGAUCAACUGGGUGUUUACUUCUUUAGCGACCGAUUUUCAUUUGACGAUUUUCGACAAUUUUCAUCCGAGACAAAAAAGAACUCAGAUGUCAGAGGACGAGUUGGAGACCUUCUUUUUGGCUUUCCAAGUUUUAAAGUGCCGGAAACGUCGGACAGCUUUUUUUGGUGGUUGAAAGGGGAUUAUUUCGGUGCAGAACACACUGUCAAUGGCGAAUGGAAGGUUUCCGCAUUAAAAGAUAUCGCCCGAGAUGGCGAAGGGCUAGACGGCGGGCCAUUUAUGCUCGUACAUAAGAACAAAAAAGACGUUAUUAUUAUUUCUCCAGCAAGUAUGGCUUCAUUCUACACAUAUUUGGAUGAUUGGAUAUAUACAAAAGACAAUGCCUAUAGUAUGCUUAUGGAAGCAGCAGCUCGCCUCAAGUUCAAGGACCCGAAGGAGGAUGAAACCUGUUUUGUUGAGCAGUUGGAUCUCGAGUUCGGAUCAUCAAGGGGCGCCCGAUCUCAUAUUGGUGGAGCUUAUGAAGAAUUCAUCAAAAAGCGAGAAGACGGAACUGGCUUUGUCCCGUUUGAGUCGAUGACCAUCCUUGUGACUUCUAACGAAGGUCCUCGAGCUGCUAUCUCUAAGUGGGGAGAAAUGAUCAAGGUUUUCGGAGCUAUGGGACUCUCCGAAGACUGCCCCUGCUCAACCUUCAAAAGUGAUAUUGUAAAAAGCGAUUUUCCCCAACAAGCAAAAGCUAUGUUUACCACAGCUGCAGGAAGUUACUACGACGGACUAGUGACAAAAGAUGGAAAGAGUCAAAUUGAUUUGUCUGGGGAAUUAAUGGAACUCGGAAAGGAAUUAGUCGGUGGAGAUGCCCCUGUUCUUGUAAAUUAUUUUCAUUUGGCUGACUGGUGGGCCGAUACCGACGAGUUCGGCCUGAAAAAGUAUAUGAACAACAGAAACAACAUUUGGGGCCCUCCCUCACUUGAACCUCCACAGACGGAGCCUCCAUCAUGCGACCGAUGGGGAACCGCUGCGAUAUACUUUGAACUGAGCCGAAAUUAUAAUCUCAACUUUGGGAUGGACUGUGAGUAUGGCUUUCCAACUGCAAAGCUUGAAAGUGUCCCACAACUGCAAGAUCAGUAUCUUUGUGAAAGAGUUGACGCCAACGUAAGACCGGAAAAGAUUCACUCUGAACCAUAUUCUCGGAACAAAGUUUGUUGGAACGCAGAAAUUAAAGGAGAGGAUGCAGAUGCACAUAUUCCUUGUCCGUACAGAGAAGAAUGCUGGUAUGGUGGAAUCACGAUUGUCAAUGAUAGGCAGUACUGGAAAGCUCUCCCUGAAAUUAAAAACUAUAACACACGUAGUGAUAUAUUCUUUAACGAUCGCUGGUCAGGCUGUUCUCAAAUGACAAUGAGAUAUACCAAAGAAAUUCUAAACCAGCACUGUCGUGCAAACUUGGAGGUUGGCGGUGGAGAAGAGUGGCUUUUUACGAUGCAUGAGGGUCUCUCAAACGCUGCAGUUCCUGCUGGAACGAAGCCAAAGAAAGGUAUCGGAAUGACUUUCGCCAACGCAAGUCCGAGAAUUGGAAUCUACGCAGCAUUACUGACUCAUGUUCACUCUUUGGAGGUCACUUCUCCAUUCAAUUUUGAUUAUGGCUUGACAGGUCUUUUCACAAAUGCUCUUGGACUUCGACCGAUGACUGGUCCGAUCUUGAGUGGCAAAUAUGAUGGGCUAAACAACUACCAAUACCAAGAAAUCGACGCUGAAUUCCAAAUUGCUGCCGUCACCCUUAGCACUGGCCCAGUCCGCUUCGGCGACAAAAGAGGGAAGUUUGACUGGGAUCUAUUAUCAAAGUGCUGUCGAAACGAUGGAGUCAUUCUAAAGCCAGACGUGCCAGCAGCACCAAUGGACACAGAUUUAGCCGGAAUAGGAAGCAAGGAAAAUGGACUUGGCAAAGGAACUCAAAUUCGAUGGCAAACUUACGUGGAAGUCGAGCUCGAGUUUUUUAAUGGCAUUGAUCCCGAUAAAGCAAAACUCACAAACAAUUACAUACUCUUGCACAAAACAACUACACAAUUCUCUCUUCCAAUAGCCUAG